AUGAAGGUCUCUUACUUAUAUUGGAAUGCUCGGGGUCUCGGAACGUCGAGAGAGCGUCUUAAAAAUUUGGUAACAAAGUUUCAUCCUAAACUUGUUGUUAUUGCUAAGCCUAUGGUUAGUAUCUCUCGUUUAGAUAUGUGGCGUGAUAGAUUGCAUUUUGAUGGUUGUUGCUCUAAUGUUGAGGAAGGUGGCAAAUUAUGGUUGUUUUGGUCUCAAGAUUUGCACCUUGUUGUUGAGAACAUGGGUGAUCAAUUUUUGACUGUUAGAAUCACUAAUCUGAAUGAUUUCAGUAUUACUUUUGUUUAUGCGAAAUGUUCCUAUUUGGAGCGUAGAAGACUGUGGGAUUCUUUGAUGGGGGCUAAUAUUCAUCAUCUUCCUUGGAUGGUCAUGGGUGAUUUUAAUAUUAUUAGAAAUGACUCGGAGCGUAGAGGGGGCAGGCCAAGGUUGGCUUUGGCUAUGGAGGAGUUUAACAAUUGGGUGGGUUCUUGUGGGCUUCUUAACAUGCCUUCCUGUGGGAAUUCUCUUUCUUGGUGUAAUGGACAUUCUGGUAGAUCACGGCACUGGGCUCGUCUUGAUCGUUGUCUAUUCAACACAGUAGCUUUCGAUGCUUUUCCUGGUGCUAAUAUGGAAUACUUGUUUUUCGAUUGUGUCUCGCACUCUUGGAAUGGUGAUGAUGUUGGGGGAUCUCAUUUGUAUAUGCUUGUUACUAAACUUAAACAUCUCAAAAUUGCUUUGAGAACUUGGAACAAUCAUACCUUUGGUAAAACUGUCUCCCACGUAGCGGCUCUUGAGGAUCGUAUAAAGGGCUUGGAGGUAAGUUUACAAACUGAGUAUGCUGAAGACAUGGAGGAUGAUCUUGUUGCCUCCCAGUUGGAGCUAUCAGUCUGGUUGAAUAGGGAAGAACAAUGCCUAGCCCAACAAGCCAAACAACAUUGGAUUCAGAAGGGUGAAGCAAAUUCUGCUUUCUUUUGUGCUGUCAGUCGUCGUAAUCAUAAAGAGGUUAAAGCGAUGCAGCUAGAGGAUGGUUCUAUUCUCUCCUCUACUGAACAAAUUCACGACAGGGCUAUCACUUAUUUUUCAAAUUUCUUGAAAGUAGGUAACAGUCGUGAUGAGCCUAAUCUGGGGGACUUAGUUCAACCGAUUAAUUCACAAGAUGAGAACGAUCUCCUUUUUUGUGUUCCUUUGUCUCAAGAAGUCUAUGAUGCUCUUUGUUCCAUUCCGGAAGAUAGUAGCCCGGGUCCAGACGGUUUUGGGUCGGGUUUCUAUCGAUCUUGUUGGCACAUUGUGGGUACCGAUGUUGUCGCCGCUGUGUCAGAGUUUUUUCAAGGUAUGGCUCUCCCUCGAUUUUUCAAUGCUACUCAUCUGGUUUUAAUCCCAAAACUUGAAAAUCCGACAAGUUUUGAUAAGUUUAGACUGAUUAGCUUGUGCGAUGUCUUCUACAAAAUUUGCACUAAAAUCAUGGUUAAUCGCUUAUCCCCCCUGCUUGCUAAUUUUAUUUCUCCUGAACAAGGAGCCUUUCUCUCGGGCUGUAGCAUCUUUGAUAACAUUAGCAUGACUCAAGAGAUGAUUCACUCUAUUAAUAAACCUGUUUAUGGUGGGAAUGUUGUCUUGAAGAUCGACAUGGCGAAGGCCUUCAGUAGUGUAGACUGGUCCUUUCUUUUGCAGGUUCCUAAAGCUUUCGGUUUCUCAGAUUUUUUCUGUAAGUUGAUUCGUCAAUGCAUCACGAAUCCUUGGUUCUCUGUGGUCAUGAAAGGAGUCCCCAAAGGUUUCUUCAAAGGUGGUCGGGGUUUGCGUCAAGGUGACCCCAUCUCUCCCUAUCUCUUCAUUCUUGUGGAAGACAUUUUCUCGCGGAUGAUUAAUAAUCAGAUCCAUAUGAGCAAGAUCAUUCCGUUUCACCACCCGCAAGGCUCCCCUAUUAUCUCACAUCUACUUUAUGCGGAUGACACGGUCCUAUUUUGUAAUGGGGGAAAGGCUUCUUUGAAAGCUAUUACUGAUGUGUUGAAGACUUAUGAACAGUGGUCAGGGCAAGCUGUGAACAAAAAUAAAUCCCAUAUUUUUUUCUCUACUCAGAUCUCUGCAUCUAGGCAUCGGGCUCUCCUUCGUUUCACUGGUUUUACGGAAGGAAGUUUUCCUUUUAAAUAUCUGGGAGUUCCUAUUAUCACAGGAAGACUGAAGAUUCCUCACUUUGAUGACUUAAUUGCUAAAGUUCAGUCUAAAUUGGAGGGUUGGCAGGCUAGAUUGUUAUCCAGUGGGGCACAUUUGACUCUCAUUAAACAUGUUCUUCAAAGUAUUCUCGUGCACAGCCUUUCUAUCUUAAAAACUCCGAAAGCCGUGAUUGAGAAAAUUCACAGAAUCAUCAGUACCUUCUUCUGGGGUGUUAAAGAUGGGAAACCUAAGAAAAAAUGGUGCUCUUGGGUGGAUAUUUGUAAGCCUGUCUCGGAAGGCGGUCUGGGCCUUCGUAACCUUCAAGACGUCCAGUCUUCUCUUCACAUGAAGCUAGCUUGGAACCUUCUGCAAGGUACUUCUCUCUGGUCCAAGUUUUUUCAUACUAAAUAUAUUGGUGAUAGACAUAUUUCUAUGGUAGAUCAUAAGAAAGGGUCUCUGUUCUGGAAGAUGAUAUUGAACAGUAUUUCUUUAGUGCAAGCUAAUUCUAAAUGGAAAGUUCGGGAGGGUAAUGUUCUCUUUUGGCAUGACCAUUGGGCUGAUGAUGCUCCUCUUUGUGAUAAUAUUCUGAUUUCUGAUAUGCCAAAUCUUAAAUUGGAGGAUUGUAAAGCUGGGUUGGGUUGCAAUAUGGAUUUGUUUACUCGGUUGGUUGGUCAUCACAAAGCAGAGGACCUUAUUUUGCAACUGGGUCGGAUUAAAAAGGGGAAGGAUUUGUUGAUUUGGCUUCCUUCAGCUGAUGGACUCUUCUCUACUAAAAGCGCGUGGAAUUGUAUUCGUAUAAGAGCUCCUGUUUUUCCUUGGGCUAAUUGGGUCUGGCAUUCUGCUCUUCCCAAUAAUAUUUCGAUUACUAUGUGGAAGGCCAUUCAUAAUUGUCUUCCUGUGGAUGGCAGAAUCCGUAAUCUUGGUAUUUCUAUUGUUUCCUGUUGCGAUUGCUGCUCUAAUUCCAAAUAUGAAGACCUCAAUCAUUGUCUUGCUAUAGGAGAUUUUGCUAAAAAAAUUUGGCGUAUUUGUUCUAUUGUUCUUGGAAUUCCUUGGAUAGAAGGUAGUUCUUGGAAACAGAGGGUAGAGUGCUGGUAUAGGCGGGCAAAAAAUUCUAAUCGCCCGGGUCAAUUGCUGGGUCUUCUUCCGACUAUCAUUACUUGGCGUUUAUGGAGACGUCGCUGUAAAGCCAGAAUGGAAGGUUUGAUGGAAUCGGUCCAACAGGUUUGGUGUUCUAUUAAAUAUUGGGUCUCUUGGAUUGGGUUAAAGCUUAAGGAUGUCAACGUGCUCUCUCGACAUGACGAAGGUGUAUUACAUUGCUUUAAUAUGCCUUUAAAUGUUACGAGGAAAGAGUUUAUUAUUCCAGUCAAGUGGAAGCUUCCUAAGCCAGGUUGGGUCAAAUUGAAUGUUGAUAGCUCUUCUCUAGGCAAUCCAGGCCCUUCGGGUGCAGGAGGCAUCAUUCGUGAUGAUAACAGCAAUUUUCUUUGCGGGUUUGCAGCUGCCACUUGGCAUAACUCCAACAACUAUGCAGAACUGAUGGGUUUACUUCAUGGGCUUCGUCAUAUUGGCCUGUUGGGUGUUUCAUCUGUGGAAAUCGAAACUUGA